GUCUUCAGCAUUUUUAGAAUUUUGAAAACUUCUCAAAAUUGUACAGCUGUUACGAAUCUUCAUUCUUCUUGCACGACAGUACAGUAAGAGAGUUCUCUUGGUAGAUUCGGUGUGCUACCUCGGUUGGGAAUUUAGUGCCCGUAUUGCAAAAGCGAGAUGUCUGGAGUGGCUGUUACAAACUUUUCUGGUGUGUUUGAGGGCAAGACAGUCUACUUUCAUGUACUGAAAUUGAAGGGCAGUUUCUAUCUGUGGAUUGGAGAUGAGAAAGGCUCACUGGACUCGCUCUGCAUGUCGGCGAAAAACCCCUAUAGCCCAACACCAAUUUCAACGACCAUAGUGAAAGGCGGUGGAGAGAGACUGUUUGGCGAACGACUGGCUGGGAAACUCAGCACGAAAACCGGAUUGCUAUGCUACGUCAGCUGCAGCCUACCAUCCAACAGUGAAGCAGCACUGCUACAGUUUGCUGAGGGUCGCAUCGUCGAGGAGAUUGCGGUCAGCCCGGCAGCUUUCGGAAUUGAAGCUCAUUAGUUUGGCAGCAUCAUGCAGGAAGUUCUGCAACAUCAGCUCCAGAUAAGAGCUCUAGAAGGGUGUGAUUUGACACGGCCGCAGAAGCACAUGUGCCAUUUCUAGCGGUCCUGCACUGUGGAGUGUACCGCACACCCAUUGGUGGUGGUGGGGUUCCAGGAGCCAGCGUUACCGAGCCGAGCUGACCGGAGCCCUGCCUUUUAUCACUGUCAGCAGCAGCCAGCACCAGUGCUUACUCACUACGUUUACCACAUGGGAACGACUGUGAAAACAACGCUGCUACAACACAAGCCAGCAUUUCACACGUCGUGCAAGGCGGGGCUGCUCGUCCGCUUCUGGAUUUCAUCCCAACAGACAUUCUCAUGGCCCACCUGGUGUGCAUGGUGGAUUCUGAAUCGGGGGCGUAGUAGCUGCUGCAUCAGUCACGGUGAAUUAGCUCUGCUCUGAUCCAGCUAGAAACGCAGCACCCACUAGCCACCCUUUCUUGAUACUGAUAUUUGCAUACGAAUUUUCCCUUCCCUGAUUUGAACACCAAUUGACAGUCUGGAUUGUGGUUAUUUUCAUUAAACUUCUCUUCGAAAUUUAGUGAAAUCCACAAGAUCAUUUAGCGUGUCUAAGAAAAAAGGUAACGAAUUAGAGCAUAA